GCGGGGUGGGCGGGGCGCUGUGUCGGGCCCGCCGCCGCCGCCGGCGCGGUGCGGGUUUUGGGAAGGGCUGCUGUCACGAUGCUGGGGCCAGAGCACACGGAGUGAGGCUGAGUCAGAGGCAGAAGGGCCAAACACGAAUUUGUGCACCUCUCAGCUUGCUUUUCAUAGCCCUGUGGGAACCCCAGGCCAUGCUGCAUUUUCCACAGAAUCACAGAAUAUCCUCAUCUGGAAGGGACCCACAAGGACCAUCAAAGUCCAGCUCUUUUGGCUGUGCACCUGGAAGGGAACAACCUGCCUUAUCUGUCCUGCACACCUGACCACUGAUCAGAGACAGCCAGGCACAGGAGGAGCAGGAUCUGCGUGGGGAGAGGCUGGGCAGGAGAAGAACCUCCAGCUGCUUUUGUGGUCUCCAGAGCUCCUGUGUUACAGUGUUCCUGGCUCUGCCUCUGCUCCCCAAGAUGCUGGGAAGGGUCCUGUGCACAGUGUUGUUCGUGGGAGCCCUCCCGUCCCCAGCUGGAGCAUCGCAGGGCCACAUCUCCGUGGUCUUGCUGGGAGCCAACGGGGAUUUGGCCAAGAAGUAUUUGUGGCAGGGUCUGUUCCAGCUCUACAUGGACCAAGUGAGCAGUGGCCACAGCUUCACGUUCCACGGGGCUGCCCUGGCGGCUCUGGAGCCGGGGCAGAGGCUGAUGUUCGACGUGCUGAAGAAGCUGUCCUGUCCCCCCGGCGAGGCUCCCAACCGGUGCGCCGUGCUCAAGGACCAGUUCCUGAAGCUGAGCCAGUACCACCAGCUGGGGUCUGCCGAGGACUACAGAGCUCUGAACAGAGAGAUCGAGACCCUGCUUGGCCAGGAGGGGCUGCAGGAGGCUGGCAGGAUCUUCUACCUGUCGGUGCCGCCGUUUGCCUACACGGAGAUCGCCGGGCACAUCAACAGCAGCUGCCGGCCCCGCGCCGGGGCCUGGCUGCGCGUGGUGCUGGAGAAGCCCUUUGGCCACGACCUGCAGUCCGCCCAGCAGCUGGCUGCAGAGCUGGCAGGCUUCUUCAGCGAGGAGGAGAUGUACCGGGUGGACCACUACCUGGGCAAGCAGGCUGUGGCCCAUAUCCUGCCUUUUCGGGAUCAGAACCGACAGUUUCUGGGCCCCAUUUGGAACCGCCAUCAUGUGGAACGAGUGGAGGUGGUCUUGAAGGAGACCGUGGAUGCUAAAGGCCGCACCAGGUUCUACGAGCAGUACGGGGUGAUCCGGGACGUGCUGCAGAACCACCUCACCGAGGCCCUCCUGUUCCUCAUCAUGGAGCUGCCUGCCAACGCCAGCAGCGCCCAGGAGCUGGUGCAGCGCCGGCUGCAGGCCCUGCAGGCCCUGUGGGGGCUGCAGAGGAGCAGCGCCGUGCUGGGGCAGUACCAGGCCUACGACAGCCAGGUGCAGCAGGAGCUGCGGGAGGCACGGGGCCACGUCAGCACCACUCCGACCUUUGCAGGGGUGCUGAUCCACAGCCAGAGCCCACGCUGGGAAGGGGUCCCGUUCCUCCUCACCUCCGGGAAGGCUCUGGACGAGCGGGUGGGCUACGCCCGCGUCCUCUUCAAGAACAGGGCCUACUGCCCUCAGAGUGGCACCCUGAGGGAUGCAGGGCACAGCCAGUGCAAGCCCAAGCAGAUCAUCUUCUACUUCGGGCACGGUGCCCUGGGCGCCCCCGCGGUGCUGGUGAGCAGGAACCUCUUCCAGCCCGUCAUGCCCAAAGACAGCUGGAGAGAAGCAGGGGCUCGCUCAGACCUGCACCUCUUCGGACAGCCGCUGUCCGAUUUCUACGUGUACAGCCCUGUGAGGGAGAGGGACGCCUAUUCUGUCGUCAUCUCCAACAUCUACCACGGCAGGAAGGAUUUCUUCAUCCCCGUGGAGAACCUGCUGGCCUCCUGGGCCUUCUGGACCCCUCUGCUGGACAGCACCUCCCGCCAGCCGCCGCGCCUCUACCCCGGGGGCGUGGAGAACCAGCAGCUCCUGGACUUCGAGAUGGUGCCUGGGGGACUGGCGUUCACCCUGGCAGAGCCCGCGGAGCUGCUGCACCCCGGCGGGCAGGGGCCAAGUGACUUCAGGGCGGUCCGGUCCCAAUUUCGGCAGAGCCCCCUGGUCUCGGCCUGGGCCGAGGAGCUGAUUGCCCGGCUGGCCUCCGACAUGGAGGAGGCGGCCGUGAGGAGCGUGGCUCGCUCGGGGCAGUUCCACCUGGCCCUGUCGGGCGGCUCCAGCCCCGUGGGGCUGUUCCAGCGCCUGGCCAGGCACCACUACGGCUUCCCCUGGCAGCAGAGCCACGUGUGGCUGGUGGACGAGCGCUGCGUGCCCCUGACCGACAGCGAGUCCAACUUCCUGGGGCUGCACAGGCACCUCCUGCAGCACGUCCGCGUGCCCUACUUCAACAUCCACCCCAUGCCCGUGCACCUCAACCGCCGCCUGUGCGUGGAGGAGGACGGCGGCGCCCAGCUCUACGCCCAGGACAUCGCGGCCCUGGUGGCCAACGCCAGCUUCGACCUGGUGCUGCUGGGGGUGGGCACGGACGGGCACACGGCCUCGCUCUUCCCCCGCUCCGAGAGCGGCCUGGAAGGGGCCGCCACCGUGCUGCUGACCGAGAGCCCUGCCAAGCCUCACCAGAGGAUGAGCUUCAGCCUGCCCCUCAUCAACAGGGCCAGGCAGGUGUUCGUGCUGGUUCUGGGCAAGGGCAAGCACGACAUCACCACGCUGCUCAGCAGGGUGGGCCACGAGCCCAGGAAGUGGCCGAUCUCGGGCGUCAGCCCCAGCUCUGGCCAGCUGGUGUGGUACGUGGAUUAUGAAGCUCUGCUGGGGUGAUGGCUGCACAGGGUCCCUCCUCUGCCUUGGCUGCGUGGCCUUUACAGCCUGGAUUGUCCUGCACCGUGUCCUUGUUCCUGUGUUGCCAGCAGCAGCUUCAUCCCUGACACCUCUGGGAGCACCGCUGACAUCAGAGCCUGGGGGAGCUGGGCUCAGUGGCCAGAGCUCAGGAGGAGCCGAGAGCCCAGUGCAGCUUUCUGCCUCUGCUCUGGGCUCUGACUGAGACUUUGGACAAACGACUUCACCUUGAAGUGCCUCAGUUUCCCUGUCAGGCCUUUGUGCAUGCUGGCAUGUACCUACCUCACAGGCACUUUGUUAAAUCAACCACCUGCCAGAUUCUUUCUAAUUUUACGUCAUUCUCAGGCUAAAAGACAGCAGCACCCCGCUGAUCCCCUGCCCUGCUGGGCCUGGCUGGCCGGGCUGUGGUCUCAGGGCAGGGAUGGUGCAGCCCUGAGCCUCUGCCAAGUGCCAGCAGCAGGGGCUGAGCCGUGGGCAGCAGCUGGCUGCGUUCAUGGAGGGGUGGCUGUGCCACGGGGCACAAACUGCUCUGGGGGUCCUAAAGCGAUGGGCACAGGCUGAGGAGUGUGGCAGCUCACAGAGCCGUGUUUGCCAGCAGUGCAGCCAGCACCGAGGGAAAGCUUGCUGCUCAGGGGAACUGCUGGGUUUGGCCAGCAGAGGAAUCUUUUAUUUUUAAACCAAAAUUCCCAUGUUAACUUCAUUCCAGUUCUUUGUAUUUGGUGUGAGGGAACAAGUUUUAAUGAGAAAGUGACCUAUGAGAGAGUAGCUAUAUUGUUAGGGAUGACAGAGUUUAUUCCUCUCUUACAGGUGACUGUGGCAUUAGAGUUUUCCUAUUUUUGUGCAUUUGCUUGAUAAUAUGUGGCUGGCACCUCUUGAAAUAAACACUGAAAGGUAAAUUUGCACUUUGAAAUAAGCACGUGGGUUUUUCUCAGGGAGCUACUGUUCUUUGCAGCUGAAAAUAGGGUUUAUUUGUGAAGUCUCUAUCUAGUGGGUCACCCCAAAAUUUAUUGGAGAUUUUAUUAAAAUCCAUUAAAUUUUCCACGUUUUCCUUGGUGAAUGGAGCGAUCUGGAUUCUUUGGGGGAUUUUUCAGAAGUAUAUUUUUUUCAACACAGACAGUUUCUGUUAAACUCUUUAAUACUUAGCAUUUGCUAAAUGAAAACCAAAUAUUUUUGAAUAUACAAAAUUUAUGACUGGAAAGAGAGAGACCGGAUGGGAAGAAGGGUUAAGUGAGCAACAAAUCUGAUGAGGAGGAAUGGCAGCAAUCCACUGGGCUGUAGGCCAAGGAAGCAGGGCUAUUUUUAUUUUGUGAAAGUUAUUAAUAGAAGGUGUGCACCUUCUUAAGAGCUUAUAUUAAUCUUUCUUUGCAAAGGCAGCUCCAUGGAGUAACUUCUUAGAGUCUGUUUCUCCCAUAAGUGAUUAUUGAUACUGAUUUUUAUCCAUUUUUUUUAAUGUCAAGUGCAUUCCUACAAUUCAAUGGUAUGAUUAUAUGUUUUACAGAAAACUGGUUUUUAUAGAAAACUACAAAAAACUGGAAAUAACUAAUUUUUAACUUCAACUUUUAUAAAUCAAAUUGUAAAAUCUCUUUUUUUCCCCCAUGAGUUAAGUUUUGUGAUUCUUUUGAUGUUGUUUAAUGAAUGGAGAAUUAUAUUUAUAAAAAACAGUUUUUAACAA